UAUCUCGCCUCAUGUCCACCCCGCUAUCGGUCCCGCCGUUACACGAGCAGGAAGGGUCCAUCUCCAGACGGGCCUUGCAGCCUGCGCCCUGGCCGUUUUCGCUCAAGAGUCAUAUUUCCAGCUCAAACUUCCUGACCCUGUAAACUAUUCUCUCCUUACAUCCAAACAUUACCCAAAAUGGCUCCUCUUCGUCUCGCCAUCCUCGAAGCUGACACCCCGCAGCCCCAAACUCGCGAUCGCUUCGGUGGCUACACGGGUGUCUUCACUGCGCUCCUCCAAGAAGCUGCAAAGCCUCAGAAGCUCGAAGAUCUCGUUACUAUCAAGGGCUACGAUGUCGUGAACGAACUACACUCGUAUCCAUCCCUCGACGAAAUCGAUGCGGUUCUUAUCACUGGUUCUCGACACACAGCGUUCGAUAACGACCCCUGGAUCAUCAAGCUCGUCGAAUUCACAAAAAAAGCCAUCGAUACGAAUCGCAUCCGAGUAGUAGGCGUAUGUUUCGGCCACCAGAUCGUCGGACGAGCUGAGGGCGCCAAGUUGGGACGCAGCAAUAAGGGAUGGGAGGUUGCAGUCACAGAAGUUGAUCUGACAGACAAGGGCAAGGAGAUUUUCGGAUUGGACAAGAUGCGCAUUCACCAAAUGCAUCGCGACAUUGUAGAUGAGUUUCCCAAGGGUUCAAUCCCUCUCGGUUCGAAUGAGAUCUGCGAAGUGCAGGGCUUCUACUCGCCUGGACGAUAUCUCACAGUUCAAGGACACCCCGAGUUCACCAACGAGAUUAUUUCCGAGAUUCUCUUCAAUCGUCAUACGGUUGGCAUCUUCACGGAUGAAGUGUAUAACGAAGCUAUGAAACGCGCGCCACUUCCUCAUGAUGGUGUUGCUAUUGCUAAGGCUUUCCUCAAGUUCUACCGCGAGGGAUAGAGAAGGGAAAAUAAUACUGGAAUAUGGAUGGAAGAGUUUAUUCGAUUCGAAGUUUUCUAUGCGCAGCCAAACUUGAAAAAGGAGGAAUCGCGAUUGAGCGCUCGAAUUGCACAUUAUACCAAAUGGCGCAAUGCAUAAAUCUGUUUUGCUAGAGUAACGACAUCAAACGACUUUGGAGUAUCAUUCAAAUGAUCAAACACGAAUACAAAUCCCUUUUGGAUGCUGAUAU